AUGGCGACCGAGUUGACCGUCCAGUCGGAACGUGCGUUCCAGAAGCAGCCUCACAUCUUCCAGAACUCGAAGACCAAGGCCAAGAGCAAGAAGGCUGGUCAAACCCGCCGCUGGUAUAAGGAUGUUGGUCUGGGUUUCCGUACCCCCAAGACUGCCAUCGAGGGCAGCUACAUUGACAAGAAGUGCCCCUUCACCGGCCAGGUCUCCAUCCGUGGCCGUAUCCUGACUGGCCGUGUCGUCUCGACCAAGAUGCACCGUACCAUCAUCAUCCGCCGUGAAUACCUCCACUACGUCCCCAAGUACAACCGUUACGAGAAGCGCCACAAGAACCUGGCUGCUCACGUCUCCCCCGCUUUCCGUGUUGAGGAGGGCGAUUGGGUUACCGUCGGCCAGUGCCGUCCCCUGAGCAAGACUGUCCGCUUCAACACCCUGCGUGUCCUGCCCCGCACCGGCAAGGCCGUCAAGGCUUUCAGCAAGUUCUAA